GUUGCUGGUGUGUCUGUUGCUGUUGCUGGUGUGUAUGUUGCCCAUUGCUGCCAGCUGAAUGCCUGGUCGGGCCUGGCUCUCUGGCCUGGCCUGGCCUAUUGAAUGUGCAUCAAAAUUUAUGUGGCCUUUUUUAGUCGUUUGCGUUGAGUCAGCGGAAGCGAACGUCGUGGUCGGAGCAGCACCAACAUCGCAGCAGUCACAUCAGCAGCAUUCGUCGUGUGUGUUGCCGUCGUGCUGUGUUGCUAGUUUCGGUUGAAUAUCGCAAAUACAAAGAGACAGGUUGCCAGGCGGAUUAAAGUUGCAGCCUAUUUCGUAACAGUUAAAAAGUGUGUGUGUGCAUAACUUAAUUCAUUGCGAAACAAGUGUUCACAGAAAAAUAAAUUCAAACAAGCCAGCAACAUUUGUGCUCCGAAAUAUAUGGAAAUUAAUUGAUUUACGCCUGUGACCUUUGAAAGCGAUCGGCACACCUGUUGCUGGAGUUGACUCCUUGCCCGUAAAGUAAUAUUCAUAAGAGAUGCGUUGCACAUUUAAAGAAAUAACAAACUAAUAGAGGAUAACUCCAGUAUUGAUGACCAUGCAGGAUAUACGCCUACGCCUGGAACCGCAGCACAGUACAGCCACGUUUAUAUCCGCUCCCUCAGCCUCGUCGUCCCCCUCCCAAACAGCUGAGACCACGCUGAUAGAGACUGCUGAGAAGUCGCCAUCCAGUGAAGCAGCUGCUGGAACAGUGACAACGACAUCGCCGCAGCGUUAUUUCCAUCAUCAUCAUCCGCCAUCCGCCCAUCCGCAUCCGCAGCCUCAGCCCCGCCAGCAGCAGCAUCCGCACAGCCACUCGCAUCCGCACCUUCAGCGACGUCCGGUGGAGCAGCUGCAACUGCUGCAUAGCCACCACGAUGUCCAGGAGCUUGCCGGGCAGGAGCAUCUACAUCCACAUCCACAUCCGCAUCCGCACUCCAGCUCCCAUCCGCAUCCGCACCAUCUGCGCUCGCCCAGCUCCGAGGAGGAUAACUCGCCCACUGAAAUGAAUAAUUGCCGUCGUUUGGUUGAUAAACCGCCGCUGGUGAAGCGCCUGACCAUGGGUAUCGGACUGCUGCGGGGCACCGAGGACAGUCGCCCGCUGGUGCACAGCACAUGCGGCUCCUCCCUAACCUCCGGAUCCGGGUGCGGGUCCACUCAGACCAUCUCCGACGGCUAUGUGAACGAGGCCAUCUGCGAGCCGGACAAGUACGUGGCCAGCAAGUUCGGCGACUCCUGCCGCCAGUCACUUUCCGCGCUGGAGAGUGCCACGCAGCGAUUGCAAGUGGAACUGCCCGCCAGCAACAAGAAGUAUCUAAGGGAGACCUGCAGUGCCAACUCCAGUCCGAAACUGUUUCCUCCCCAUGGUCCUUUACGCCUGGAUAAUCUCAGCCUGUCUGAGCAGCAGGAGCUAAAGGGCGCUGCCUGGUUUCAGGCGGGGAUUCCUCGGGAAAUAUCCCUAGAGGUUUUAUCCCGACAGAGUCCGGGUGCGUUUCUGGUGCGCCAGAGCAGCACAAAGCCGGGCUGUUUUGCCCUCUCCCUUCGAGUGCCGCCUCCAUCGCCUCGGGUGGCCCACUACCUAAUCCUGAGAACGCAAAGGGGCUACAAAAUUAAGGGUUUCACCAAGGAGUUCAGCUCACUAAAGGCGCUGAUCACGCACCACUCGGUGAUGCCGGAGCUACUGCCAGUGCCGCUGACCCUGCCACGCCCCCCCAAUGCCCGAUCGCAGCGGCAGGCCGUUUAUGGGGGCGGCAGCGGGAACGGUGGAGCGGACUUCGAGAUGUACGGCUCGCUCAACGACUUUCGCAAAAUGAUGGCCGAUUUGAAUGUGUGACCACUGGGCGCACUUAAUUAAUUAAGUAAUUAUGUCACGUUGAUUGAAUUAAGCUGCCCGGCUUGUCACAUUGUCCGGGUCGAGACAGGAUAACAAUCUGUUUAAUUUGCGUAAUUGGCUGUGCUGACGACGGUUGACGUGGCUACCGACAAAUAGGGUCCAUGUGUAUUCCGGCUGGCGAUGGCCCACCUGUAUGCCCUGUCCGCCAGGUGCUACAAAAAGUGCACAAAUUUUUAUUAAAAUUGAUAAUAAAAUCAGGUACGUAGGCGGUGGGGGGAGGCGGCUGCUGUGGUUGCAAGGGGGCGUGGUGUGCACACAAAUAUGCAAUUCGCUCAAAUCAUUUUUGCGAAACUGAUUAAAAAAGUGCAAAAACAUGCAAUAUGUAUACGCAAACAGACAUCAAGUGAUUAUUAUUUUUCGCGUUUUUAUCACUUUUAUUCGUUAUGUAUGGUUUUGCUGAGUGGCAGGUGCAGCAGACAGACAGGUCUGAAUGGGGCAGUCGGAUUAAAUGUUAAUGUUUGGGCAGGGACAUCGAGAGGCGGCUGCCGGGAUUUGGAGUGCUGCAGCGGAAUGGGUACAAUGGAUUCUGUUUGUGGUGCAUUUGAUGCACUCAUAAUGCAGAGAACUAGCUAGAUAGACUUAUAAUAUGAACUUAAUAGUUUAUCAAUUAUAUUGUAACCCUAUGUAUUUUGUGU